UAAAGACUGGCAUCUGACAGCGCAGCAGGAAGCUACGUCCAAAGUGUUGUUUGCUAGAACUAUUUAUAUUUACUUGAAGUAGCCAACUGCUUCAGAUUGUUUCGAAUGGAGACCAGACAACAGGAUGAACGUGGUACCUUCAGGCGUUUGGAAAUUGCUGCCUAGGAUGAACCGAUGGCUGAUGUUUGUUUUUUUUUGAUUUUCCCAUGAUGUCAAGCGAAGAGGCACAGAGUUUGAAGGUCUGUUGGACCCAGAGCCUGUAACAGAAGUAGAUGAAGAGAUGGUGUCAGAUGUGGACCUUAACAACACUCUGACUGAUGAAGAGAGGGAGGAAAUAUUGAGUGAACUCACAAAGUUAGAGGAAGACAUCUCCACCCUGAGGCAAGUGUUGGCCUCCAAAGAGAAACACCACUCGGAGCUCAAAGCCAAACUGGGUAUAACACCACUCAUUGAGUUCAAACAGAACUUCAACAGGAGCUGGUAUGACAUGCAGACUUCCACUGCGUACAAAAAGACAUCGGAGACGUUGAGCACGGCAGGUCAGAAAACGUCAGCAGCUUUCACCACACUGGGAACAGCCAUCAGCAGGAAGUUUGGGGAUAUGAGGAACUCACCCAGUUUCAAGUCCUUUGAGGAGAAAGUUGAAUGCACCGUUUCCAACAUAAAGCAGACCAAGGUGGGAAGCCAAGGGGGUGGAGGGAGUUUUGAGGAGGUGUUGUCUUCAGCCGCUCACGCCAGUGCCCAAGAAACCCCCAGCAACAACAUGUCCGAGAGCAGUGAUCAUGAGAGGACCUGCUAGACCAGUCUGAACCACUCAACUACCUCCCCAGACCAGGAUUAGCACUCUACUGCCCCUCACUGGCCCAGAGGCCACAUUACCUGAUGUGGAGUGCAUGACAUAGGCCUACCUAACCAAAGCCCCAUCAGUACCAACACAAAUGUAUAUUAUCUACCUGCUACUUAGCUUUAUAUGCGUUUCCAUACAACAUCAAAAAGAAAGAUUGUGAUACUGUAAAGUACUCCUGUCCUUUAUUUCAUUUCUAUGAUUACAACUAUUAGCUUUUUGUAUUAAAAUGAAUGUUGCGUUUAUAUCAAAUGUAUUUGAAAAACAAAUAGUGAUACAUUUCUUCCCAAUACUAAAAUGACUGACUUUAAAAAAAUGUUAUUAUCAUUAGGGCUCUAUUCAAUCCAUAUUGUGGAAGUUUUAAAGGCAAUGUUCCUGCAUUCACGGUAAAUGCUGCAUAUGUUAGCUCAAUCGGAAAUGUACCUUUUCUAUUUUGCAAUCUGUACGGCUUCAGCAAUACACAUUGAAUAGAGCUCCUACUUCCAAGAGUGGACAGUCAUAUAACACUAUUGGGGGGAGGGAGUUGUACCUGAUACUUGAAAUUGCAUGUGCUGGGUUUGUAGGCCAAUACUGUUAAUGGGGACCAAGAUAAGGCCUUGUGCUGGAAUCUACUGAAUACACUGUCACACCUUUCGAAUCAUAUUAAUAUCUCCUUUAAUCCAACUGUGUACCGUUUGCACAUGAGCCUUGAUCGGGGACAGAAUGACCAUCCAGUGUAUGUAUAUGAUACACAAUUUAUGCUUAUUAUAGAUCACAGCUGUCAAGCAGUGUAGAUGCUUUGACACCCUGUGGGAUUAAAUGUUUAUUUUUAAAUGUGUUUAUUACUGCUAAUCUACAAUGAACCAUACAGCCGUUUUUUUUUCUAUUUACAUAAUUAGCACAAUCUCCUUGUUUAUUGUUCAAAUUGUUUAACAUAACUGUGACGUUUAUCAGACAUUCAGGUGAUAGAUGUUUUCAGACAUUUGCCGAUUUUAGGCCUAGAUUCAAUCAGAUCAAGUGUUAACCUGCGAUAGAUGUCACCCGCAUAGACUGAUGUUUUGGUGGUGUCACAAAGCCAAAUCUGUCCCACUCGCGUUUGAAUUUCAGAAUUAGAAAGUGAGAUGUCUAUAUAGAAAUAAAGUCGCUCAAAUUGAAAAUCAUUCAAACAAAAUAGAGGACUUUUAUCAACCUAAUUGAGAUGUACUGUAGAUAACAUCUCACAUUCCAGUGUUUGAAUUUGUAAACAAGGCUGCAUGGGUUCUCUCUUAAAGCGACGCCAUGCAUGUCCACUGUAGGUAUAAUGCCAGGAGUCGCCUGUGGAUUUGACCGCUCUAACACAGUUCCACAUCAAACACUGCCGAAAAAACUGCUAUGUGAAUAUACUGUGUUUACUGCAGUAUCAUUAUUAUUAUUAUUUUUUUUUUGCAAACCAACCUAAAGGUCCAGUGUCUUAAAACAUGGUAUUACAUUGAAAUAUAUACUAUAUGUUAAAUGAUGUGGUACUACUCUAAUAAAACACUCAAGCACA